AUGAGUGGUUCACUGCCGGCGUCAAAACCCCGACGAGAAGUCGAAGGACAUUGUCGCAGUCAGAUCGAGAAGAGGAUCCCAGGGCCGAAAGUGGGGCCUCGGCCUGUACCGAGCAGGGGGUUAUCCGAACUCUCAUUAUGGAUUGAAUCCGGUAGGAUCCAACAUAGACCGAAAAUGAUUAAACUCCAUCAAAGCUUACAUGUUGAUGUCGUUCCUUGUUGCGGGAUUUUCUGGGAAAUGAUCAAGGUAUCGAAAUACCUGUUGGGAUGA